AUGAUCACCGAAGCCCUGGGACCCUCAUUGGAGGAGAUAUUUAUUCGAUCGAAUCGUUUCUUCGAUCUCUCAAUGCUGCUGGAGAUUGCCGCACAACUUAUCUUUCGCCUUGAGUGGGUUCACUCGCGUCAUAUCUCUCAUGGUCAAUUAUCACCCUCCUCAUUCACAAUGGGGAACUCGAUAUGGCAGACACCGCAGGUAGUGUUAGCUGACUUCACGGAUGUUGAUGGCUCCGAAAGAUCGGCACAGCAAGACCUUCAAGCUGUUGGGGAUAUUGUUAUAUAUCUGGCCACGGGAUACUCGUCCUGGGAAAUUUUCCUGUCCGAGAAGCCAGAUUUAGCAGAAGUACCUGAUUGCCUAUCUCAGUUUGUAUACAUGAUAUCCGAAUCCGCACACAACCCUGCCGACUAUGUCAACUUGCGCAGACACUUUCGUGACGCCCGGCGAUGCCUAGCUGGACGAGCCCUCCUAGGCGCACUCCGUCCUUCUGAUGAGGAAACACCGACAUUGAAGUCCUUGUCUGGAUGGAAAAGCGGGAGACUUUUCGAUCUUCUAAGCUCUAAGCUUGCUACUGUUGGCCAAACAAUCGGUGAUCCCAAGAUAGCGUGGGGAGAGGACCAAGCGACAUUCAUCAUGAAAUCGCUGAAUGAUAUAAUGUCUAUCUACUUAGUCCUCCUGCUCCGGGAUAAACCGACACCAAUGCGCCGCAAGCACCUAAACGGGGCCUACCACCUUCCUAAUAGGCUGUGGAGAGACCUCCGGUGGUAUUUAGGCAUGUCACGCUGUGGAUCAUUGCCGUUACAAAGACUUCUCAGUAUCAAUAUUUACAAGUACAUGGGCGUGUUACUUGAGGUGGUGCCAAGUUAUAACAGACACUGGACAAAAUUUCUCUCGGAUGUGGCACAUCUGCAAAUGGGGCUUGAUAUGGACUGUUUACCCCUAUGGAGACACGCAUGGAUACAUUGGCGAAACUGUGCCAAUUUUCUGGCGAAGGCAUAA